ACAUAAAAGUCAGGAAAAUGUCUCAUUACUGAAGAGGAGCUAUGUUGAAAUACGAGGCACUUUGUGCCGAGUAUUUUAAAGCUCCGAGUCAAAUAAGACAUUUUACUGACGAGUUUUGUAUGUAUUAAAUUUUUCCGGAAAUCGCAAUAAAUCGCUAAAAAUCGAGAUUUUCCAACAAGUUUUUUAAUUAAUUGCGCAAAAAUCUAGUUUGUCAAUUUCUUGAAAACGAUGGUUACAAACAAAACAAUUAUAAAAUUUUGUGCGUACGUCAGAGCUGUGUGUUUAUUUCAUUAAUUAAUUAUGAAUACAAGCGAAAACACUGGUGAGGAUGUUCCUUUUGACCUAAGCAAAGCAGCCGCUGCUGCUACAGAAGAAUUGUUACCGUCGAAAUCUAAGGAGCGGUAUGAAAAGCAGUUCCAAAUCUUUGAAGAUUGGCGCAGGCUUAAAAAUGUUACUUCGCUAACGGAAGACGUAUUUCUGGCUUAUUUUGCGGAAAAAUCAAAUUCUUAUAAGGCUUCAAGCCUCUGGAGCACUUACUCUAUGUUGAAAGCCGUGCUUUUGUUGAAGGAAAAUUUGGAUAUCAGCAAGUUUUGUAAGGUAACUGCUUACCUAAAACGAAAAUCGGCUGGUUACCAACCAAAAAAAUCGAAAUGUUUGUCUCGGGACCAGAUAGAUAAAUUUCUGCUUGAAGCUCCCGACAAGGAAUUUUUAUUAAUGAAAGUGGCGCUUAUUUUUGGGGUGUCUGGAGCCUGUCGAUGCGACGAAUUAUCAAGGAUGUUAGUUGACGACAUUGAAGAUCAAAAUAACGUGCUAAUAGUACACAUUCCUGAUUCUAAAACAAAAAAACCUCGACGCUUUGUAGUUGUUGAUGAAAGAAAUCUUGCUACAUACAGACGUUAUUUGGAAUUACGUCCGCCUAGUACUCCACACAAGCGCUUAUUUUUAAAUUACAAGAAAGGGAAAUGUACGGUCCAACCAGUGGGCUUGCAUUCAUUUGGUAAAUUUCCUUCUCAAAUUGCUACCUACCUUGGUCUACCAACACCUCUGGAAUACACAGGACAUUGUAUGCGGCGCAGUUCCGCGACUUUACUAGUAGAUGCAGGAGGAGAUAUUACCAACUUAAAAAGGCAUGGAGGAUGGCAAAGCAGUUCAGUAGCAGAAGGAUACAUAGAAGAGUCCAUCGAAAAUAAAUUAGAUAUAGCUAAUAAAAUACAAGCUGGUCCGAAAAAAAGACCCUUCACUAAUAUCGAGACGUGUCCCUCUACAAGUAGUGAUUCAUCUGAAAUCUGUUGCACCGAAAUCUCGACUGAAAUUUUUGAUAAAAAGGUUAAACUUGAUCAUAAAUCUCUGUCUGGAAUUAACAUUGCAAAUAUAUCGAAUUCUACAAUUAAUGUUAAUAUCUGUAAAUAGUGUAAUUUACGAAAUUUUGAAUAAAUUUUUCUUGUUUAAAUAACUAA